UGUUUCCACCAGACCGUCUAUGUUGAGGCACAACGCGCUGAAAGCAACAUUGAUGUGUACACUAUUUCUGUGCUACUCCUACGCAGAAUAUUUUUUUCUUUUUUCUAUUGUCCUUGCCUUGUUCGACCAGUCUCCAUGAGUUUUGCUCCGUUUUUUAAACACAAUGUAAAAAGGUCUUAAACCGUGCUACCUCGCACCAAAGUGGUGCUCCACCUUUGGAACGUAAUUUUUAGCUUGGCAUUUAUUAGCCCAACUGUCGCUGAAAGAAGAUGCCUCCCAACAAACGGCUACAAAAGAAAGAACUGCAGUUUGAAUGCGAGUGGGCUGCGUGUCAGGAGUCGUUCAGUCAGAUGGAGAAAUUCUGCACUCAUGUGGAGGCUCACUUGAACGCUGUCAACACGGCGGAAGAGGAUGAAGAAGAACCUGAAGACGAAAGAAACUGUCUUUGGAGAGACUGCGGGUUCUGCUCCAUGGAGGGUCCUGAAGAGUUCCGGCGACAUCUGUACUUUCACUGUUACCACACCAAGCUGAAGCAGCUGGGUCAGCAGGUGCUCAGUGGCCAGCGCAAACUUGGCACCUGCUCUAUCGGUUACCAGAACCACAACAUAGUUCCUGAAAUCCCUGACAACUUUGUCUGCCGUUGGGAAGAGUGCGAGCAACCACCUUAUGAGAACCCGGAGUGGUUCUACCGGCAUGUGGAGCUGCACACCUUGGCCAUAGACAUACCAGCGGGUGACUGUGAUUUCCCAGUACGCUGUGGAUGGAAAGACUGCGAAGCUACCGCUAAAGGACGGGCUAAGUUACGGGAGCAUCUACGCAGCCAUACCCAGGAGAAAGUAGUGGCAUGCCCAGGUUGUGGAGGGAUGUAUGCCAGCAAUACAAAGUUCUUUGACCACAUAAUUCGACAGAGUGCCAUGGAAGGUCAAAGGUUUCAAUGCUCCCACUGUUCCAAACGUUUUGCAACAGAGAGACUGCUGAGAGACCACAUGAGGAACCACGUGAGCCACUACAAAUGUCCGUUGUGUGACAUGACUUGUCCAUCACCUUCAGCACUGCGCAACCAUAUUAAAUUUCGCCACAGUAACGAGAAGCCUUACAGCUGUGAAUACUGCGAAUACAGCUGCAAGAAUUUGGUGGAUCUGCGCAAACACCUGGACAGCCACAGCAGCGAGCCUGGUUACCACUGUGAUGUUGCUGGUUGUGAUUUUACCUCUCGCACCCUUAGCACCUUGAAAAUUCACCACAAAAGGGAGCAUGAGGGGACUUUUAUAGCCCGCUACAAAUGCCAUGUGUGUGAUCAGUGCUUCACCAGAGGAAAUAACCUCACGGUGCAUCUGCACAAAAAACAUCAAUUCAAAUGGCCGUCUGGACACCCGAGGUUCAGGUACAAAGAACAUGAGGACGGCUUCUUGCGGCUGCAGCUGAUCCGUUACGAGAGCGUGGAGCUGACCGAGCAGCUGAUGCGAGAGAGACAGAAUCGGCAUGACGAAGAGGGAGCUGUUGAUUCCCCCAGUGCCGCGCCUUCAGAGAUGCAGGUGGAACUGAGAGGUCUGCUGCUGGAGGAACAAAGGACGGAGGCGCCCGAUAUCAGCUGUGAUGAGAGCGCUCAAGAAGAGGGCAUGUUGUACGUUCUUACUGGAGGUUUGACACAAGCGGUGGACAACUCUUUCGUGUUGCAAUAUCAAGAUACUGCUCGGGAACAGGAAAUGCAGACAGUUUGACCACCUCCACCAUGAAAUCUAUGUUGGCUUUUGUUGUGGAGUUUUAUAAGUAUGGGUAUUAGGUGGCGGCCUGUUUUUACUUUUAUUUAUCUGGUUUUGCCAACAUUGUGGACACCCAGAUUAUUUCCAAGUCAUCUUACUAUGGCAUCCUUACAUAUGCCGACAUCAUCUCCUGUAAUAUCGACCUGUAAGAUUGAUAAUUAAAAUGACAAAUGUGAAGUCUA